CCGAGUCGACCUAGGGGAGGCCCAGGUUCGGUUAAAAUAAUCGUCACUGGUGUUGGCCGUGACCUGGAAUCUCGGGUUGCUGGAUUCAUAGCACAGCGCGCUCACCGUUGCACUGCCAGUUCCCACACACAUACAGACGCACACAACAUUCCACCUCUUUCAUCAUUGGCGAAACCUGUAUGCGGGCAGCCGAUAAUUAAACUUCACCGCACAGAGAUAGAAGACUCCAUGAAAAAUGCAACGUGAACAAAAAUAACCAAGACGGAGCCAUUACAAAUAAUUAAUAAACACACCCACAACAAGGUGGAUGUUGCGUUGCCAAAAUCCAUUUAAGUGGCCUAUUCAUCCGCACCGCCGCCUGAAGCGGUGAUAGACAUCCUCAGCGGAAGUGUUUGUUGCAGCUUAACUUUGAUCUCUCUGCAAACGCGUGUGUGCAUUCGUUUACAUAACAUGAGCACAUGCGGAGCGUUACCGGCAGGGUGACGCAGCGGUUAGAGUGCGCUUGACUCGCAGUCGGAAGCUUGCAAGUUUAAAUCCUCGUCUGGGAGAAACACAGCUCUCCCACGAAGGCCUGCCUAGCGUGACGGUGGGAAGGGGCAACCGUGCUAAUCGGAGGUGCGAAAAAAGCAUCAUCAGCCAUGGUCAAUCUGCUGCUGGACGAAGGCCUACCCAAUGCCGCCACCAUAACUCGUGAUACCAGGAUGGAACAUUCCACCCAGCACCUGCACAGGUGCUGAUUUCAUCGCUCCGUCUCUGCGGUGGAGGAUCCUCUCGUUCUAUUUGGUGGCGGCCACUAUUGUCGCUAUUGAAGACCAUCGGCCAUCGUCCCUUCUCGUGGCGUGUCCUGCACAAGCCCACUUACUUUUAUUCACAGAUUUAAUUAUUGAAUCAAUCUGGAAUGUGUUACCACCAUGGCAAUGUGGAAUCUGCACCAAUUGCUCAGGGGUCACCAAUGGGGACGAGCAGGAGCAGAUUUUGAUGCAGUAUCUCUUCUGUUCCCGUGGAACCAGAGCAGAAAAGAUCUCCCAUAUUAUACGAUUGCCCUUAUACAUAGAAAAAUUACAAAGAAAAAGAACUCACUCCCCCCCCCCCCCCUCCCCCAUAUAUAGCUUUUAACAGACUUUUGGGGAAAGUGCUGUGAGCAAACCCCUAUGAAGGCCGACACGGCACAAGGGGGGGGGUGGAAAAAAAAGAUUCUGAUGGUGACGACGAUGUAAAUGACAAUGAAGUGAUUACAACAGAGCUGGAGAACGUGGUUAUCUUACAACAAAAUGAACCUCGUCACUGGGACUUCCGUCACCUCUCCGAUUUAAACGCGUAUCACAACGCAGCAUUAGAGAAGGCCGGUACGCCUAGCUCCGCAGCACAUGAACCGCAAGUUAAUUAAAACCAAAUAAAGCAGAGGAAAAUCAAUUUCUUGAGACUCAAAACGAUUAUAGUGGAAAGAUUGUUAUUAUCUCUGAAAUAAAACUUUAAUCUUAUUGCGAGGGAGGCAGCACCACUCGCAGUGUGACCAAUGCAUUUGAUUUACAUCAUCGUGAAAUAAAUAAUAGGAUGAUUUCUUAUUUACCGUUUCCAGGCUGAUCCAAGACAAUUAUAUUCCCACAUCCUCGUCCAUAAAUUAUCUUACACUAAUUUAAUUUGAAUCACUUUCCACGGAUAAUCCGUUGCAAUUAAAUAUAAUUUUAUUCAUUUUCCUUUUUAUUUUUUUAAAUUCUACUUCAUUCAUUAUAUUUCACUGGCGUUUUUUUGUUAACUAUACUCCGAUAAAUUUCCGUAAUAUAUAUUUUUUUCUUAGUUAUGAAGAACGAUUUAAAAACUGAACACGGGCGCAGGAAACAACAACGACGGAAAACGAUUUUUUUGUUGAAUUAAUUAUUUAAAGCAAAAACGCUAGACUGUUUAUUUCCAUUUUAAGAUAUAUUAUUUCAUUUAUUAAACAUGGGCGCUGUUUAUAGAUUUUAACACAAUGUAUAUUAAAAUGUCGUAAGCAUAACUUAUUUUAAAUUGCCUUCAUUUUUAUAAGGCCAGUCAUUUUUUUUUUACCUCGGGACACCCUGGUUUAUUUAUGAAUAUUGUAACAUUUUACUUGAGCGGAAUUUUUUUUGGGUUUUCCAAUCCCCUUCAUUUUAUGAAUUGCAGCUUUAACGUGUUUCACGCUGUCAAACGAAAAUUUUCCCACAAUGUAAUUUCACUGAGUAGGAAACUCCCUUUGAGAUCAUUAGGAGGUAUGUUUUACAUGUAUAAUCGCCAUUACUAUUGAACGCUUAUACAUUACACUUUUACUUUGAAUUUAUCAUUUUGAUUUCAUAAAACGUAAGUCUUUCACCACCACCACCACAAUCACUGUCAUUCCUACAAAAUCUCUCCGUUUCGAGUUUCAUCGCUUCAUUUACUUUUCAUGAAUAACCAUUCAUUAAAUACAUUUUACUUUUUCAAACGCAAGUCAAUAAGCCACCACUGCCACCACCACCAACACCAUCAUCAUCGUUUUAAUAAUUCCUAUACUAAUGUUAAUAGUAUACUUUAACACCAAUUAGCUUAUUUUCACUUUCUUACAUUUAAUUAAACUCUUUCUUAAUACCAUCAAAGGCAAGUCUUUCACCGCCACCAUCGUCAUCUUCACUCACAAACACCACAAUUAGUUGUACCACUUAAACGCUAAUUCACGAUACUUUAUUACACUCAAUACAUUUAUUUAUUUCACCAAAGGCAGACAAAACCUCUCACUGCCACCACCGUCGUCAUUCCCACGAACACCCCACUGUAUUUUUAAAAUAAUUACUUUAUAACACACGCGUCGCCGCCCCACCGCCACCACCACCGCCACCGCCGCCACCACCACCGCCGCCGCCCCAGCUAUCUGCUCCGACCGCUUUCCACGCUCGGGGCCGUGGGAGCCGGCGCCCCGAUGGUGCUACUCGCCGGGCGGCGCUGCCACGCGUGCGUCGCCCUGUGCAUGGUGCUCGCCAGCCUCCUCCUCACCGACAGCUACCUCGUGUCGCAGCAGCAGGGCGGACGCCGCAUGGCCGUCUCCAUCCUCAACCUUGUCGGGGACGUCUGCUUCCUGCUCAUCCUGCGCUACGUUGCCGUGUGGGUGGGUGCCGAGGCUCGCACGCCACGCCGAGCCUACGCCUCCAUCCUAUGGUUCCUCUAUGUCUUCGUGCUCGAGAUAAAGCUCUACUUCGUCUGCCAGAAUUAUCGUGGCGAGGCCUCCACGCUCUCCCCAUCUUCCCCUUCCUCCUCCUCCUCCUCCUCGUCCUCUGCUGCCACCUCAUCUGCCGUGGCGGACGACACGGGCCUCGGCCGCAAGUUGCUCACGCUCUUCCUGUCGGUGUGCGUGCCGGGCCUCUACGUCAUCCUCGUCGCGGUCGACCGCCUCGACUGCCUCGACACCGACGGCUCCUCGUCACUAGACGACGAUGACGACGACGAAGACGACCGCGACGACAGCAACGUCGACGGCAACGGCUGCAGCACCGUCGACCGCGACCGGGCGGACGAAGACGACGAGGCAUCCGGCGCGGGCCGGUGCACGCGCUCCCAGGACGCUGCGCUGUCCGGCGAUCCGCAGCCGCCGCCCGCCUCACCCGAGGAGGAGGAGGAGGCGGCCGCCGCGGAGCGUCGCCGCGAGCGCCGCAAUCGGCAGCGCCGCCGGGCGGCCGCAGCGCCACCUCGGGGUCCGCCGCCACGCGCCGCCCAUGAGCGGGCGCUGGCUGAGGCGCUGAGCUGCCUGCUGCUGCAGCGCAAGGAGGAGGUGCGCAGCCACGUGUUCGUGGUGGCGCUUGACCUGCUCGACGUGCUUGACGUGCAAGCCGGCCUCUGGGAGUCGCGGGCGGCAGCGCCCGGACGCAGCUCCGCCGUCCCCGCGUUCGGCUCUUCCUCCUCGUCCUCCUUCUCCUCCUCUUCCUCGUCGUCGCUGCCUCCGCUCUGGGCCGAGAACCUCACCUUCUUCUACUGCUACAUCUUGCUGCUGGUGCUGCCGUGCGUGUCGCUCAGCGAGCUGGGCUCGCUGCUCGACCGCGGCACCACACUCUACCCAGCGCUCAGCCUCAUCACCAUCAACGUGGUGGCCGUGUUCGUCCGUGCAGUCACGCUCGUGCUCUACGCCGGCGCAAGCGUCUCCACCAUCUUCAUCGGCAAGAACAUCCUGGCACUCAUGCUCAAGACAUGCUCGCUGCUCGAGUUUGUGCGCCAGGUGCCCGACGGCGCGCAGCAGCAACAGCAGCUGCCUCCCGCACUCGUGAUGGGCGGCGGGGGCGGCUGCGGGGGGGGCGGCAACAUGGCCACCGGCGCUGCCAUCGCUGAGCUGCAGUUGGUGACGACGCACCGCCAGCUGUCCCAUGAGCCGCUGGUGGCACACAUUCACCAGCAGGUACCCAACAGCUGCCUCGGAGAUGAUGCCGCGCUGACCGCCGCUGGCGCCGCCGCCGCGUUCUCCUUCAACUCGCUGCACCGCGGCGACGGCGUGGCCGAAGCGUCGGGCCAGCGAACACUUCCGCUGAACCUCCCGACGCAGAACCGCUCGCUCAUGCCCGCCGAUGUGUCAUGAGCAACGAAGCGACGUGUGGUGGCGGCAGCGGCGCCGCGGGCAGUGGCUGGAGGACUAACUUCCCGCGGCGCUCGCGCGAAUUAAAAAGAUCGAUCGUUUCCACAGUUCCCAACCCACCCCCCCCCGUCCACGCCGCUCUCACUGUCCUCUGUCCUGGGUCGUUCGUGUCAAAUCCAGCAUGAGGUUUUCAGGCAUGGUGGCGACGGCGCUCCGUGAGAGAAGAGGGGAAUUGGCGCCAUAGGCGUGCAGAUUAAGAAGCUCUUCCCCCCCCCCCCCCGCCGCGACGGAGUGAGAGUAUGCUGGGUACAUUUUUACAGCAUUGAUCUCUCUCCUUCCUCAUGUGCAUGUGUGCGUAUGUGUGUGUCGGGAGCGGCAGUGCAGUGGUUAGCGCACUGCACUAUGAAUCCGGCGACCCAAGUUGGAUUCCCCGCUCAAAGCCAACAUUGGUGACGGAUAUGUGAACCGAUCCAGGGGCUCCUCUAGGUCGACUCAGCCUCAAAUGAAGAGAUGGUGCAGUGUGUAAACAUCAGCACUGGCGAGACAAAUGUGGCCGGACGUGGUAUUUGCUACCCUUGCCCCAAGAGUCUGUUAAAUCUCUGACGGCUGGGUUUUGUUGUACGUGUGUGAACCUGGACCAUUUGUUUUUUUCUGUCAAGGACGUUCCGUGUCCUUUAGACGCGCGGUUAAUCAAAAUCUGGCGCCGCAGGUCUUGGAAACAAAAACUAAAAAAGAAAAUCAUAAAAAACCGUGAACAUUACUUGCCAAGCACAGCACUUACAUUACAGUUUUAUGAAGGUGUGUCCCAUAAUCCAACUGUCAAUAAACUCGGGCGCUGGAGGAAUUUAAAGUGGGGGCGUAUAACUUUGAGAAUGGGCCGCUAGUCUGAAUAACGGAGAUGGAUGAACGGUAUGUGCCAUGCGAGUCUGGUGAUUAUCGUCGUAGCGAUGACACAGGUGUGUAAUCCAGCGCUUUCGUUCUGGGGGUCGGUGGAUCGCGCGCAGAUUGCGGCCGCUAAUGACGUGCGAGUGUCGCCCAUCCUGUUGAGCAAUGAGGUACCAAUAGCAGACAGUACAGAAAGUCGGUUUAAGUGCGGCGGGGUGUUUGGGUUGGUGGAUCACCACGAGAUCGCGGUGUGCGUGGCAUACCAGCCAUACUGUAUCGAUUCAUCGAUUAAAACAGAUUCCUAUGCUCAGAAAUCAUUUGCACAUUUGUGCGCUUGACAAUUGGUUAUGUACGAUCAAUGGAAAUGAUCGACUAAUGACACAAAGGAGAAAAAAAUAUUCUUGAUUCUUGCAUCGCUCACUGCCCGCCGGACAUGUAAAAAUCGUUGUGCGGGUGGGAGGUGAAUUGAAUUAACUACUGGGUACCUCCCUGCGAGGUGGGUGGGGGGGGAGGCAGCGAGGAGGGCAGCAGAGCAAGUAGGUCGCUGACCGAUUAGAUCCGAAUGUGAGCGCUGUCUUCGAGGAUACGCGAGGUUUCACUUCGCUCGUCUCCCACACACACACACCAUAAACACACUACGCCAGACAACGGACAUUCAACCCGAGUCACGACCCUUCUCAACAAACGACUAUUGGGACCAACGAUUCAACUUUGAUUGCAUUCAUGACUCAAGUAUUCCAGUCGCAGUGUAUAUUUUUUGUCUCCGAUUACAUAAAUAACAUAAAACAAAACAGCUUUGGCUGCUAAUGCCGCCGGCAAUUACGCAAAUCUUGUCGUGAGCUGUCAUCAUUGUUGUUGUUGUUGCGUGUUAAGGGUUGUUUUCUCAAUUUCAGUGUGGGGGAUUUUCAACAUUUUGCACGCGUGUGUGUGUGCAUGUGGGGAGACUUAGUGUAGCGGUUAUUGCGCUGUUCUACAAACCCGGUGACACGAGUUAUAUUCCCACUCACGGCAAACACCGGUGACAAUUAU